UUUUUCAAAGCAUUGGCUCAAAGUAUGCUUUGAUUGCCUUGGGAAGGUUUGACAUUUCAUAAUUUUGUAUGGGAUUUUAUACACAAUCCGUGCAGUAGAUUACAACAUUAAAUGGCACAUCAACUUUAAGACCCCUUCCCAUGCUGCCGUCCCCUACGAUGAGCAGCACCGUGGCCCUCUCGCUCGCCGUCCUACUUCACCUGGGUCUAAAAAUUCAAGUCUUCAUGGAUCCCCCGUCUGAGUUUUGCUCCCUGUCGCUAAACCUGCGCAGCAUCCUCUUCCUGUCCUCGGUCGUAAUGUACCUGUCCACAACCCGGAUCUUCCCCCGGCGCUACCGGAAGCUGCCCUCCGUCGCGAUGGCCGUCGUAGAGUUCUUCUUCUUCCUGUUGGCGAUCGAGUUUGGGAUGGUCGUGUUUUGGUGCCGCUUUGAGGCGUUCCUGUUCAAGGUGCUGGACUGUCUGGUGGCCAGCAAGUCGUCUGUGAUUUAUGCCGACAUCAGCGGGGAUAAGCUGGUCGAGUUUGUGCUGACCCUUUGCAGCAUCCUGACGUUCGCCUGUACGGCGAUUGCAACCGGGUACGUGAGUCUUGGUGCCCGGGUGUACGACACGAUCGCCGAGAAACUCCAGCGGUUAACGGAAUGUGUCCGUCAAAAGCAAGAGCCCCAGAGGAUUUGUCCGGAACAUUUGUGUCGACCGGUGGUGGAGGGGGAGGAUACAGCGCAGAGCAGUACGAUGGGGAGCAGUAGAAACAGGAGUCGCAGUAGAGCGGAUGACGAAUUUGAUGAACAGCCAGCGAGGGCACUUCGAGCGCGGAACAGAACGAUCAACUACAGCGAGUUUGCCAGACGGACGAGGCGGUCCUCGUCGAGAAGGAGGAAUUGAUUAUUGAAAAGAGUCAAGCAUGGAAUGGAUGGAAAACUUAUGACAUAUAUUUUUAUAAGGUUUGGGAAGCGCAAUAAUAAAUUUUUAGUCUUGUACA